CCACAACCCAGCUCCAUCACGCUAAAAAAAAACCCGCAUCAACCCACCACAAUCACGCAGCAAAUGUCCGAUCCAAACCCACCACCACCACCACCCGCAUCGACAACAGAGCCAGACCCAGAGGAAGAGUUAGCAGAAGGCAUCCGUGCGACCGCCCUCCGCAACAUCUUCACCGCGGCCCUCGACCGCAGCAUAAAAACGUGCUCGUACGAGAACUUUGCCGCAUGCUUCCCAACCCCGGCGCGGCGCGCGCCGGGCGUUCUCAGGAACGCCUGGGAGCAGAUGUGCGGGUUUUGGGAUAGCAGUGCUAAAAGAGAAUACGAAACCAUCCUGAAAGAACGGAACGUGGUUGCUGGUCUGAAUGCUCUUGACGAAUUAACUAAAGAAGCGGAGGAGCGCAGAGCGACAGCUGCGCCUGGGGAGAUUGCCAUUUCUCCAUCGACAUUACCUCCAGUGACUAUUCUCACGGCACAGCUCACGCCACUACUACUCGCCGCGCAGAAGGAGGUCGCGGGCAAGAUUGAGGUUGUGCAGGGAACUAAUACCGAGUUAAUGGGGAAGAUCGAGACCCAGAGGCAGGAGAUUGAGGAGUUGGUUAAACUGUUAGAGGGAAGGUUGAGCAUGCUGGAUGGAGCUGUGGAGGUGGUUAUGGCUGGGAAGAAGGAGGUUGUUGGGGAGGAGGUUAUAGGUGAUUGAUUGACUUGACUGAGCAUUGUUUUAUAUCAUAAUAUCAUACUUUGAUUUUUUCCAUCA